AUGGAUUUAUUUUUAAAUAAACCUGCUGAAGCGCCACAAAGGUAAUACAUUCGUCUUUUCGUAAAUACAGGACAUAAAUAGUUUAUAGCUACUGUAGAUCGAACUUAAUAAGUAUUUAAGUGUUUUAUUCAAUAGAAUCUGGAAGUUUAGAUUGCAAAUUCGUUUGUAUAUACUUAGAGAGAAGAUCCUGAUAAUGAAGAAAUCUAGCAAUUCUAAGUAAAAAAUAUAAAAUAAAAUGGCUAUUUGGUUGUGAUUCCAAAACAAAUGUAAAUUGGACAUGUUCUUGAUGAUCAAACCUUCAUUACAUGUGAUAUUAUAGAACCAAAAAAAAAGUCAUAAGUUAAAAUUGAAUAAAUUGAAGGUUCUAAAAGAAGAAAUAAACAUUAAAAAGAAUAAAAUAAAUUAGUCCAAAAUUUACCAGAUAUUUCUCCUCCUAGAACUCUUCCAUAAUAACAAGAUGAUAAAUAAACAAAUAAAUAAUCAUAAAAUAAUUAAAAAUAAUAAUAAUAAUAAUAAUAAUAAUAGUAAUAAUAAUAAUAAUAGUAAUAAUAAUAGCAAUAAUAAUAAUAACAAUAACCAAAAGAUAAAGAAUAGUUAACUAAAAAAUAGUAAAAACAAUAAAACAAAAUUAAUAAAUAAGCAAUAGAAGAUGAAAAAAAUAAGUAAUCAGCUGUAAAUGCUCCAGAAUUGUUUUAAAAUGAGAACACUAAAGAAAUCAAGGAAAAUAAAGAAAUCAAAAUUAAAGAGACUAAAGAAUCAAAAGAUAAUUAAACUAAUAAAGAUUAAAUCUAAGAAGAAAUAAAACAACAUGAAUAAUCUUGUAUUAAAGAUAAUCAAGAUUUAACUGAAGGAGUAGGAAAAAAAGAAAUAAAAGAUGCAACCAAUUAGAAUAGAGAAAGAAGCAAAGAUUAAAAAGAAACCAUUUAAAACACUGAACACAAUGUAGGAUAACAACAAAAGGAUGUAUAAAAAAAAGAAAAACAAUAAAAUUAAACUUAAUCUUUAAUACAAUAAAAACCCCAGGAAAACUAAUAAACAAAAGUUUUACCUUAAUAAAAAUAAGAUCUAGAAGAAGAUAAUAAUUUUGGGACUAAAAAACAUCCAAAAAUUACUCAAUCUAAUGAUGAUCAAAUAUAUCAAUAAUAAAAUCAAGAUAAAGCAAAACAAGAUAAAUAAACCUAGAAUGCUUAACAAUAAAGAUAAAACGAAAUAGAAAAAUAGAAACAAACCAAAUAAAACAAAUAAUAACAAUAAUAAUAAUAAUAGCAAUAAGUAAAUUAGUAAAGUUAAAAAUAAUAAUAAUAAUCAGUUCAAUAAAAAUAAAAUUAAUAGACAAAGAAAGUCAAUAAAAUAAUAAAAACAGGAUAUGAUUCCGAUGAAAAUUCUGAUGAUUAGCAAUAAUAGAAGGCAAAAAUUGUUUAAAAUUAAAAAUAACUUAAGAAAAACGAUAAAAAAUAGAGCAUUGACUUUGAUAAUAAUUUGUUUGAAAAUUGCUGAAAAAUACCCC